GUGCGCCAGAGGUUUCCUGCAUGGCCGUGCCAAAGAGUAGUAUUUUGCAGUACAGCAUCGCCCUCUGAUGAUGUUUCUGUGAUUUACCAAAACGGGUUGCCUGUGAUAACCUUUACCCUCCCAUCACGGCGGGAACAAUGCAGAUUCACUCUAAAGCCUCUUUCAGAUACAGUAGGAGUAUUCCUUCAGCAGGUUCAAUCAGAAGACCGAGGAAUAGACAGGGUGGCAAUCUACUCCAUAGAUGGAGAACGUAUAUCCUCUUCCACAAGUAUAGAAGUUCUUCUAUUAGAUGAUUUUAAAUUGACUAUUAAUGAUAGAAGCUACCAUGUGCAGCCGCCAAAACGAGAACUUUUAAGCCAUGAAGAUGCAACAACAAUGAAUGACUUGAAGACCCUUGUACAGCAGCUGUACAGCUCUAUGCGAGUUGAAGAACACCAGCUUGACAAGGAACAAGAACUUUGUCGUCGGCUAGAGGUCCUUCGAGAGCAGCUGGAGCCUCUUGAAAAGGUUCGGCUUCAUAUUGCUCGACGAGCAGCAAAGAAGACAAGAUGGGCUCAAUGGGGAAUGUUAGCAUAUAUGUCUGUACAAUUUGGAGUCUUUGCUCGUUUGACAUGGUGGGAAUACUCCUGGGAUAUCAUGGAGCCGGUCACGUACUUUGUCACCUACGGCACAGGCAUUGCAGGAUGUGCCUAUUAUAUUCUAACAGGCAGGGAAUAUAUGUAUGCAGAUGCCAGUGAUAGACAGUUCUUACAUUUUUUCCAUAAAUCGGCCAAAAAAGAAAAAUUUGAUGUUAUAGAAUAUAAUCGACUCAAGGAUGCCAUUGCUCAGGCUGAGUUGGACCUUAAGAGGUUACGUGACCCCCUGCAGCUACAUCUUCCAAUCCAACAAAUUGAAGAUGCUAAGGAUUGA